AUGAAUAAUCUUAAUAAACAAGAAUCAUGUGCUUUGCAUGAUUUAGAGAAGAAUGACAAAUUAGUUAUACGACCAGCUGAUAAGGGUGGCCGGAUUGUGGUGUUUGAUGCUGAAUUUUAUAAUGAGCUUAUGGGAGAAAUGUUGUCAGAUGUGAGUUUUUAUGAACCCACAACUUUACAGAAAGUGAAGACCAUGGCACUUUCUAUUACCAGCAGGUACCAGAUUCAAACUGAAAGUCAUCAUAAUUCUAAAUAUAAAGACUUUCCAGAUAAAAUACAAAGCUAUAUUGAAGCUAAACCAUUGAAAAAUGGCAUCUGUGGCAGUAAUUUUAUAUUGAAACCUGCCAUUAAAAUACAAAAGAGAACUUGCACUGGAAAUAAAAUACAAACUGUUGAGAAGCCUCAUAAAAGACUUGGAGAAAUUAAAAAAAUUGAGAAGCCUCACAAAUGUGUUGUGUGUGAUAAGAGUUUUAAAAGCAAGCAUAGCCGUUUAUCACAUGAAAAUGUACACAAAGGGGAAAAGCCAUAUAAAUGCGCUGUGUGUCACAAGAGUUUCACAUGGAAGAGCAACCUUUUAACACACAACAAGAAUGUACACAUGGGAGAGAAACCUGAUAAAUGUGCCACUUGUGGUAAGAGUUUUGCAAUAAAAGGUACCCUUUCUGUUCAUGAGAAAGUUCACAAUGGAGAGCAACCAUAUAAAUGUUCCACUUGUGGUUUGAGUUUUAAAGACAAGUAUCGCCUUUCAGCACAUGCAAAAAUACACACUGGAGUGAUACCAUACAAGUGUGCCACAUGUGGCAAGAGUUUUAUACAGAAAGCUGCCUUUUCAAAUCAUGAGAAAAUACAUUUAAAGAAGCCGUAUAACUGUGCUACAUGCGCAAGGAAUUUUACGGACAUGACUGAACUUUUAGCACAUGAAAAAAUACACACAGAAGAAAAGCCAUAUAAAUGUAUCACAUGUGGCAAGAGAUUUGCAAGAAAAUGCAACCUUUUAGCACAUGAAAAAAUACACUCAACAGAAAAGCCAUAUAAAUGUGCUGCUUGUGGUAAGAGGUUUACAUCAAAGAUUGGCUUUUCAUCACAUGAGAAAUUGCAUGCUGGAGAAAAGCCACAUAAAUGUACCAAAUGUGACAAGAGUUUUACACUGAAGACUACCCUUUUAACUCAUGAGAAAAUACACACUGGAGAAAAACCAUAUAGUUGUACCACAUGUGCCAAGAGAUUUCAAAAAAAGUAUAACCUUUUUAUACAUGAGAAGGCACACACAGGUGAGAAACCAUUUGAAUGCUCCACAUGUGGCAAGAGCUUUAAAGUAAAGUCUACCCUUUCAACACAUGAGAAAAUACAUACUGGACAGAAGCCAUAUAAAUGUGCCACAUGUGGCAAGAAUUUUACACUAAAGGGUGCUCUUUCAACUCAUGAGAGAAUACACACAGGAGAGAAACCUUAUACAUGUUCUACUUGUGGCAAGAGUUUUACACAUAAGUGUCACCUGUCAGUUCAUGAGAAAAUUCAUACUGGAGAGAAACCACACAAAUGUGCCACAUGUGGCAAGAGUUUUAUUCAAAAGGUUACCCUUUCAUCACAUGAGAAGAUACACACCAAAUCAAAUUUUCCUCCCUGUUCUAACUUACAGGUAAAGAAUGACUUGCCCCCUAAAUAAAAAAAGUGUGUUGUAUUAUUUGGAUAUGAAGAGAAGAAAGCUGACUUAUGCAUGUUAACAAUGUUCAGUAAAAUUAUAUGUCCAUCUGUCUGAUCUGUAGUUGGUAUGGGUCUCCAUGAAAUUACUUUAUGUAUACUUUGCUAAAUGUCAUCAGAUGCAAAUGGAAUGAAACUUCUAAACGAUUAAAAAAUUGUGUGUAUGAGGGUGUGGCCAAAAUGGCAAACAGAUAACAGCUGAGACAUUUUGCUCUGCUUCUACCAUACAAACUCUGACAGGAUUAUUUCAUCAUUUUCAUCAAAAAUCACCUAAAAAUCUGAAAAUAUUGUGUUGGAAGCCUUCAAGAACCUUUCAGUUGGAAAAUAUUUUUAUAAUUUAAAUAUUUUCCUGUCAGAAUUUCAAGACAAAAAGAUUCACUACAGAAUUAUGAAUCACUUGAAGACAGACACACAAGAAAACUCUGAAAAAAGAGUUAGACUAUUGUCAGUAAUAUGCAAGAUCUAUCCUUAAAAGCUGACAAGCUGGACACCAGAGUGAACAAAUAAAAAGAUGGCUGUACAAAGCAUAUUGAUUUAAUUAAAUAGUGAAACAAUGGAAAAUCCAGAUAUCUGCUAUGAAAGAUUCUAUCACAGACACGAACAGCAGACUUACAGAAAGAGAACAUCAUAGAUUUCAUUCUUCAACAAAACAGAAAAUUGGAUAAAAUUGAUGACUUGGAAAACAGGGCAAGGAGAAAUAACAUCUGAAUAUAUGGAGUUCCCGAACAACUAGAAGGAGAAAACAUAUUUUUUUUUAUUCACCUGGAUUCCUAAAAUACUAAACUUGCCUGCCCUCUCUUUUGAAAUAGAAAGGGCUCAUAGAUCUCUGACUGUUGUGACACCAGGCAAAAGACUUUUAAAUCCAAGGUCUAUAAUUGUCAAAUUUAUUUCUAGUCAUAAGGACCUGGUAUUGAAAACAGCCUGGUCUGUCUCUCCAUAAAACUUAGUGACUCUCUCAUCAGGUUUGAUAAUGACUACUCCUCAUUGGUGGUUUCAAAAAGAAAAGUCUGUUCCUUCUGUUAAAAUCAUUGAAGAAAGCUGGCAUUAAAACUCACCUAAUUUACCCUGCAAAACUGAUAUUAUUCCUGCUGGUAGGGAAGAAAAUGUAUUACUUCAGAAGAAGCAAUGUCUUUUGUCCACAAGAACAAACUACUUGACUCUACUGAAGAUAUGGACCUAAGUGUAUCUUUAAAAAGACAGGCUAUUAGAAAAGACUGGGCAGUUAAAGAAAAAAAAAACUCAGAGAUAAGUAAAGUUACUUGUUAGUUAUUUUACUUCUUAAAAUAGUCUGUAUGUGAAACUUUCUUCUUGGUGACAUCAACUAAAGGUAAUUUCUUUUCUCUUCUAUUAUAAUAUUUUAUUUUAAAAAUAGUUUCCCUGCUAAGGUAAUGCUGUAUUUUUUCACAGAGUGAGCAAAGUACAUAGAAUUAAGUAUUUUUUAAAUAACUGAUCGUAAAUCAAAAAGGAAAAUAUACUUAAAUAACUUAUUCUCCUUUUCUUUCUUUUCUUCUUAUCCUUUAUCUUUUUUCUUUACACAAUAAUUAACAACAAAGUAACCCAAAUAAAAGGGGACUGGAUAGUAACAUGGCUGGACUUCUGAAAGAUGUGUGUGUGGGAAUAGGAAUGGUUUGACCUUUUAUUGUCUUUUUAUUAACCAAUACAUUUCUAUACACAAAGUAUGUUGAGUGGGGCACAUAGAUAAAACAUGUGUAAUGUAAAUUGUUUUAAAGUCACUUUCCCCUAUAUAAAGGUGUUAUGUUCUUUCAACUUUCUAUGCUUAUUUGAAGCUUUAAAAUGAUUUUUUCUGUUAAAAUGUGGCUUGCAGAAUGAAUCUGCAAGCCUUCUGUAUUUAAAGACUUACUUUUUUGUCAUUUUUACCACUGAAAUGCUGCAAAAGAGUUUGGAGGCAGUUUUAGGCUUGCCUCGACCUGCUGGGCAUCUUUACUUCACUGGGAAGACAUCCUGAACAGUUCACAAGUUAGAAAGGAAGCACAGCAUGACCUUUAACCUUUUAAAAGCAGAAAGCAAAUGGAACACGGAAAUGGAAAGCAAAAACUGACUUUUUUAAACUUUCAGCUGCUUAAAUUGAUAUUUCAAGUACUAAACAACCAAAAUUGUGAGUAAUAUAAACACUAUAGAACAGUUUUAUAACUUUAACAUGGAUUGUUUUAAUCUUUUUAAAGCUUUUGCUUAACUUUUGGUGGGAGGAUUAAAUGAUAUGAUGCACAUUGGGGUGCAUAUAUUGGUAUGGGACACAUAAAUCUGGUUCCUUGUCAAGCAUAAACACAGUAUAUAAAUGUAUAUAUGAUAACUAAAUAGAAAUC